CGUGUGUUGACUUAGUACCCCUGAAAUUACCGAGCUUGUCGCUUUGACAUUGUUUCCUGGGCGGAGAAGCGCGGGGAGAGGGCAGUCAGAAUAUCCGACGUGCUGUGCGGUGCGAAGUGCCGCGAAUUCACCAUCGCUGAACAAUGGUACGGCGAUGCGAGAAAUGCCCCAGCUUCUUACAAGGUUACGACCCUCAACCUAGACUGGCCGAACUCUUCACUUCCAAUUGAGUACCAAACAGAAUGUCACUACAGAUUUAGCUUUAGGCGGGACUCUCUUCCCAAUCAAGUAAUCAUUGAUAUUCUUUUCAACUUCCUUCAGUUAUGGACUCAUCAUAAUCGCCGGGAUGGUGCAGAUCAUCUCCAGUCAUCGAAGGUGAUCUCGCGAUCGCUCAUUACUGCAACGCAAUAUGUCAGAGAACAGAUCGGCAGCGACACAAAGCAACUUGCCGACGAUUGAUGGAUCGACAGAAGCUCUACCGGGUUGGUAGGCUCACACAGGAGCUUUUUCUCAUCUUUCGAGAAAUUACAUGGUGCCAACUGAAGAUUUCGGCUGUGACUAAAAAUGGUAAUGACUUGAUCGUUCACGGCAAGAAGAUGCAAAAUGCAUGUUGGCCUCAGGGCUAUUUCGCCUUUCCGUCUAAGCUCGUACCUGAGGUAGAUGAUAGGAAUGCUCUUCUCUGUUUUCUUGCCUGCAGAGAGGCAAUACCUUGGGAGAUCGAGUUCGCAGAUGGGUUAUUGGGAGCAAUGGUCAAAGAAACUACGCGUAUCAGGCAUUGGCACAAGAAGGGCAAUCGAAACAUGCGACUUGUUCAACCAAGCCCCGGUGCUUUAAUCAAUGGAGCAAAUCUCUGCCACGAAAUGAUCAAACUCACCCUUCAUUCAGGAGAGUCAUAUGCCUUCGAUGUUACUGGAUUCCAGUAUGGGUAUCCGAACCCGAUCACCCCUUGGAACGAAUAUAGGCGGGAACGACUUCUUGGACAGAUCGAAGCCAACAUCGCCCCAAAAGCAAGAGAAUUGGUCCGAGUGGACGAUUUCAGUUACGAAACGAUGAUCCACUAUGGCAUCAUGGUUGAUACAGUCAAGAAGGACCGCCGAGACGGUGCUGGGGAUACUAUCGAGGCCAUGAAUUUUGAUAUGCUUGAGUGGCAAGCAAAUGGAAAAAUUUCCAUGGAGGAGCUUUGGAAACUUCGAGAUGCAAAUUUCGACGUAAUGCUGACAGACUUGGUGAACUUCAUUCAUUGGAAGAUGAGCUGCGACUUAGGUCAACCGUGGUCCACUGUCCAUGGCAAGGAACUGACUCAGACAUUGCAAAUGGUAGAUGGGUUCAUCGAAACUGAAGACCUAUCGCCAGUAAUAGUCGUAGUGGGCGGAACCUGAGGAUGAAAGCCCCUCGCAUUGGGUAUUGGCGUUGAUUUAUGGCGUGAAGGUUGGAAAAUGCACAUGCUCAGUAUUGGGUUCUCUUUACUCAGCAACUAUUUUAUGAUGAAUAGAAUUGAAUACUUGCAUGGUUUAGCACAUGUAUUGAAGAGCGAUCAUGCAUUAACAUACA